AUGAUUACAAAAAUGCCCAUAAGAAUAGCAAGAACUUUAUUUUCUGUCAAUUUUCCUGGAUCUUAAAUAAGUAUUCCAUAAUCAACAAUUGAAAAAAGUAUAGUAAAUAUGUUUAUAUUAAGAUUAGUUAUUUUAAGUUAUAGAGAAUGAAAUAAUGUUUGAAGUAAUUCCCAUUAACAACAAUCAAUAAAAUUUAGAUUAAACUAAUUUGAAUGGUUUCAAGAUCUAAGAUUUUGAAGAUCAAUAAAGAAUAGAAUUAAGUAAGAAUGUAGAAAAUGUUUAAAUUUUAAUUUGUAUCGAUUUCUAAAACACAGUCUAAUCAAAAGAAUAAGAAAAUAUUGAUAGUCAAAUAAUCCAAAUUCAAAAGACUUCAGAAACCUCUUUAACUUCAUUUAAAAGUAUUCAAUAAAUACAAGCCCCCUUUAGUGUUUAUUUGACUAAAGGGAAUGGAAUCAUUUCAUGUUAUGAAUGUCUAGCAUAUAAUGGAAAUGUAUAGAAUAUAAUGAAUUUAGAUUAAAAUUGUAAUGGUUUAAAUUGUAGAUGAUGUUGAAGAACAUAAACUAAUUCCUAGAGAAAAUAGAGGAUUGGAAGAUUACAAUGGAAAUAAUCAUCAUAUCGAGGAUUCUGUACAAUAUUGAUAAUAAAAAAGAUAUAAUAUGAAAUGUUGAAUUACUUAAAGACUUUUGAAAUAGAUUCAGAACUUGCUUAAUUUGUAUAGAAUAUUCAAAUAUACAAAGAGCAUGUUUUAAAUGUGAAUUAUUUGUAAGACAAGCCAAUACUUCAUGAUUGA